AUGCCCACCACUCUUGAUGUAGUGAAGAAUGAGGUAAUGAAACUACUAGCUGUAGGGAUCAUUUAUCCAAUUUCAAAUAGCACUUGGGUUUCACCUGUCCAAGUGGUCCCUAAGAAGUUGGGUAUCACUGUUGUGAAGAACCAAGAUGAUGAGUUGAUCCUGACUAGAGUGGCCUAUAGUUGGCGAGUUUGCAUUGAUUAUAGAAGACUGAACCAGGAAACUCGCAAGGAUCACUUCGCUCGCCCAUUCAUUAAUCAGGUUCUAGAGAGGUUGGCAGGUUUUUACAGGAGAUUCAUCCAGGAUUUUAGCAAUAUUUUCGUUCCUUUGUCCAAGCUUCUUCAGAAGGACGUAGAUUUUGUGCUUGACCAGCCUUACAGAGAGGCAUUUGAGGAGUUGAGGAGGAAGCUUACCACCUCUCCUAUCAUGUAG